AUGGGCGACCCGACCGUCGUGGCGCAGUGCGCGGCCGCGCGGCGGUCAGGGCUGUUCACCGGCGUCAUCAGCUACAACCAGCGGUGCGUCGGCCGGUCGCGCGGCAAAUCGCGCUCCUCGUCAGACCCCGACGCCGAUGACCUGGCGGCCCUCUGCCGCCACCUUCUGGCGCAGCCGCUGCCCGAGGCCGCGGCGCCGGCGCGGCGGCUCGUGCUGAUAGGCUACUCCUACGGCAGCUGCGUGGCCGCGCAGGCGCUGUCGCGGGUGCCUCAGGUGCGUCUGACAGGAUAA